CGCGGCGAGCGACCAAUCAGCCGCGGCGUCUGCGAAGGCGAGAGGCGGCGGUGACGCUGGGGCGUUUGGAAGGCGGCGGCGGGCUGAGGGCGAUGAUGAACUCCCUGGAGCAAGCGGAAGACCUGAAGGCUUUCGAGCGGCGACUGACCGAGUACAUCUCCUGCCUGCAGCCGGCGACCGGGCGGUGGCGGAUGAUCCUUAUAGUGGUUUCAGUAUGUACUGCCACAGGUGCUUGGAACUGGUUAAUAGAUCCUGAAACACAAAAGGUAUCGUUUUUCACAUCGCUAUGGAACCAUCCGUUCUUUACAAUCAGCUGUAUAACUCUAAUUGGUUUAUUUUUUGCUGGAAUACAUAAAAGAGUAGUCGCACCAUCAAUCAUUGCUGCAAGAUGUCGAACUGUUUUAGCAGAGUACAAUAUGUCUUGUGAUGAUACUGGGAAACUAAUAUUGAAGCCCAGACCUCAUGUUCAAUGACACCCUACUUACCAGUUAUUCAGUAGUUCCAUAAAAAGGUGAAAGUAGCCUCAAAUGCACAAAUAUAUUGAUGCAGUGUUUCUUUUUGGGUCAACAUCAAUAUUUCAGCUUGGUGAAGUUCCAUAGGAUACAAAAAUGCUCAGCAACAAAGAUGGAUUUUAUGAAUCUAGCAUUACAGCUGGCCGAUAGUUUUGGGUAACUCUGUACAAAAUACAAUUUGGAAAGUAUUUAAAUCUUGCUGAAUCACUCUAAUUUAUUAAAAUGUUACAGAUUGUAUUCUUUAUGUUGAAUUGCUCAUUUUAUUACUGAUAGGCUUUUGUAACUAUUGAGUGAGAUAUUCAUAUAAUUAACAUCAAGAAUUUAAAAACUUUAAGCUGUUCUCUCAGAGUAUUGGGCUGAACUGUAUCAGGAACUAUCCUGAUGUGAUUGCUAAACUAUUUUUGCAUGCUUUAAUGCUUCCAGUCCGUUGUUUUUGCUCUGCAGAUCCUUCUUUUGUACAAGUUAUGUGAAUAUUACCUUUUAUUUUUCAUCAGCACUAUGUAUUAUGAAACAUUUGUCCCCUUAUUCCAUUUAGACUGGUGACAAAUUACAAACGGAUUGCCAGUGCUUUGGGUGACAUCUUGAAUACUUUGAUCUGCCAAAUUGUGUAAUAUUUUAUUCAUAGGAAGAGACUGUUUUGCAAACUGCUGCAUAUAAAGAUUCAAAUUUUACUUAAUUAUGCAAAAUUGUAUAAAACAGAAAUGAACUUUCAAUCUUGCAGUUGUUCAUCUUCUCUUGCAUUGCUAUUCUCGAAUGUUUUGUGGGUUCUACAGUUACCACUUUGUAUUUUAAAUAACUUGAAGAUUUAAAUUUUUAAAUUUUAAAAGCAUCAUGACUUUGUAAAAUCUUUUUGGCCACGUGAGUUUUGUAGGUUUCUGUACAUAACAAUAAACAAUUUAUAUGGAA